AUGUCAGCUCCAAAAGUUCUGCAGGUCGGGGUCGUGCUCUUCAAUGGCGCCUUACCGCUUGACUUCAUUGGCCCCUCAUCCAUACUGUCUGCCCUUUCACCGUCCUCAAUUGAGAGGAACUCGAUCGAGACCCCCUAUGCCUUCGAGAUCACCAACCUUGGCGAGACACUCGACGACGUCACUUGCACCGGCAACCUCAACAUCAGGCCUGGCAAGACGUACGCGGAUGUUCGGGAGGGUCGGGCCAAGAUGGACAUCAUGCUCUUGCCAGGAGGCGUGGGCGCUCGGCCAUGGAACGCGAGCCAGGCGCUGAAGGCAUUCAUCAAGUGGGGAGCAGGGAGCGCGGAGUACACCUUGACCGUGUGCACGGGAUCCUGGCUACUCGCUGAUACCGGCGCGCUCAACGGGCAAAGAGCAACGACGAACAAGGCCGCCUUCCUUGAAUGCAAGAAAGCAACUGCCGAGCACACCGUCGAGUGGAUCCCGGAAGCUCGCUUUGUCCACUCGGGCAAGUUCUGGACCUCCUCGGGCGUCAGCGCGGGUAUCGACAUGGCGUGUGGGUUUGUCGAUGAGCUCUGUGGGAAAGAGGCAGGGGAGAAGGCCAGAGACUGGGCAGAGUACACCUCGGCGUCCGAGGGAGAUGAUCCGUUCGCCAAGAAAUGCGGUCUGAUAUAA